AUGACAAGCAUCGAAUAUAUUUCGAAAUCAAAAGAACACAAGCAAUUGCUGAUGCAUCCGCUAAUUGCAAGUUUUUUAUCAUUAAAAUGGAAUCGCCUGGUGCUAUUCUUCUACAUCAAUUUUCUAUUAUGUACAUUAUUUGCUGUGACGACUGUUACAUACAUUUUGGUGUAUUAUAAUCACCAAGGAUCGUCCACGUUGAAAGAUUUAUUGCGCGUGGCCAUGUUUAUACUAACCAUUUACAUUGCGGCACGUGAAAUGUUUCAAUUCACAUUUUCACCGUGCACCUAUCUAAAGGGGUUGGAAAAUUAUUUGGAAUGCACUUUGGUGGUAUUGGUGAUGCUGAUUUUAUUCGAUGUCUGCCCAAUCAGUUACCGUCGAACCUUUGGUUCAUUGUCGAUUUUGUUUAUUGCCAUCGAAAUCUUUUUAUUGGCAGGAUCGUUGCCAUUUUGGUCGUUUAGCACACACUAUGUCAUGUUACGAACAGUUACCUACUCUUUUUUAAAGAGUUUGUCGUUAUAUGCAAUCAUUUUGCUGGCAUUUGCUUUGUCAUUUUUUACAUUAUUGCAUGAACCAACGGAAGAAGAGACUGAUGGUAGUAAGAGUGGCGACGAUAAUGGCGACGAGGAUGAUGGAGAUUUCAAUAAAUUUUCAAAUCUUGGACUUUCAAUUAUGAAGACUUUGGUAAUGUCAACCGGGGAAUUUGACGUGGCUAGCAUCGAUUUCAAAGCUAAUGCUUUCAGCUACGUCGUUUUUAUGAUGUUUUUAUUCCUCGUAACCAUCAUUCUUUUGAAUUUAUUGAACGGUUUGGCGGUGAGUGACACACAAGCCAUCAAAUCGGAAGCCGAACUUACGAAUUUCAUAAGACGCGCUCAAGUGCUUGCCCGGUAUGAAUGUGUAUUAGCAACAAGCUAUUCGACUGUCUUUAAAAUAUUGCCCUUUUGUCAUGAAUUCGAUACAUUCGAUGAAACAAAGCCGAUUUAUAACAUUCGAAUCAAGCCAAACGAUAAUAAUCAAAUAUUAAUUCCCGACACAAAUAAUACUAAUGACGAAGUCAAUCAAACUGACGAUAAUCUCCGGCCUUUAUUGUGUUUCCAUCGCCUGUGCUGUAAUCGGUGCACUCACAUGGACUCAAAAAUUGUGAAACUCGCCUUUCAGUGCCUAGAAAAGACGGCCAGAGAACAGCACGAAGAAAACGAAAAAGAAAAACAUAACGAACGACUCACUAGAAUGGAAGAAACUCUUGAAACUAUUGUCGAUAAAUUGAAUGACAUUCUAAAUAAGUGAAGUGUUUAUUUAUAACUUUUUGGGUGAUAAAAUAUGUUUUCCAUCAAAUGGUAAUAUUUUUGUGAAUUAAAAUAAUCUCUAAUGAAA